AUGCCAACAAAGAGUAAAAUCAUAAGUGGUAUCUUGGGAUUGGUAAUUGCUAGUAUAAUUGUGAUUAGUACAACUGUUGUUUAUACCUAUGAUUAUAAUAUUGAGGAUAUCAAGACAAAGAUUAUAGAUAAUUUUGGUAAUGAACAGAUCACAAAGCUGUUUCCUUCAGAUGGCGAGACCUCAACUGCAGCUGAUGGAAAACAAGAUUCAAAGAGUGGAUUAGAAAAUGCUGUUAUAUUUUCUUUAGUCCGUAACUCAGAAUUACAGGGGAUGAUUGAUUCAAUCAAGUUCUUAGAGACAAGAUUCAACAAGAAUUACCAUUAUCCUUGGUAUUUUGCAAAUAAUGAGCCAUUCACAGAGGAUUUCAAGAGUAAAAUAUCAGAAGCUGUAUCUGGUGAAACAAAAUUCAUCACAAUUCCAACUGAAUAUUGGUCAUACCCAGAUUUUAUUGAUAUGGAUAAAGCUGACAAAUCAAGGAUGCAAGCACAAAGUGAAGGUAUAAUGUAUGGUAGCUCUGAAUCAUAUAGACAUAUGUGUCGAUUCAACUCUGGCUUUUUCUAUAAGUUGAAAGAAUUGGAAAAUAUUGACUAUUACUGGAGAGUUGAACCUGAUGUUAAGUUUAAAUGUGAUAUUAAUCAUGAUCCUUUUAAAAAGAUGAGGGAAGAAGGUAAAUUAUAUGGGUUCAAUAUGGGAUUAGCUGAAGAUAGUCGCACGAUAAGGACACUUUGGGAUGAUGUUGUUGAAUUUUUCAAAGAGAAUCCAAAAAUGUUAAGCAAGCCAAAUAAUAUGGACUUCAUUAGUGAUGAUCAAGGUAAAAGUUACAAUCUUUGUCAUUUUUGGUCUAAUUUUGAGAUUGGCGAUUUGAGAUUCUUUAGAAGUGAAGCAUAUGAACAGUUUUUCCAAUAUAUGGAUAAGAAAGGUGGGUUCUUCUAUGAAAGAUGGGGAGAUGCACCAUUUCAUACCAUAGCUGUUUCAACGUUAUUACCACCGGAUAAGUUGAUGUUUGUUCCAUACACAGGGUAUUACCAUAAGCCGAACCAAGAUUGUCCAAGGUCAGAAAAAAUUCGUGAAGAAUUGAAUUGUAAUUGCAGACCUGAAAAGGACUUUACAUGGCACAAAUGGAGUUGCAUCAACAAGUAUUUUGAGGUUAAUGGACUAGAGAAGCUGAAUGCUGGUAUUGAGAAGAGAGAUGGAGUGAGAUAUGAAGCUAUGGAUGAUACAUUGAGUCGUCUAUUCGCAGGCAAAUAG